CUGGCUGUGUCUAGGGAAUGUUCCGGCAAUGCCUGGGGUUUCUGAAGCAGAAACCUUUAGUGGCAAUCUUAGGGAAGUGGCAUCUAUGGUUUGAAGUGCGAGUCAGCGCUGUUUUGCCAUAUCGCUGGAUGGCGGAGAAAUUUUUCUGACAACAUCGCUUCCUCUAGUCGGCUGGAUAAGCGCUCUGCGAUUGGCUAUCGCACGUCGCUGUGGUAUGACGUGUCAGAGUGUUGACCAAUCGGUUGAGAGCUGAGCUGGACUUGGCGGUGAGAGCCGGAGCCUAGCUUUUCCAGCUGUGGGCGCCGACAGCACUCGCCAAGCGUUCGGCUCCGGCCAGUUCCCUUUUAGACUAUGGCAACAUAUCUGGAGUUCAUUCAGCAAAAUGAAGAACGAGAUGGUGUACGUUUCAGUUGGAAUGUGUGGCCUUCCAGCCGUCUUGAGGCCACGAGAAUGGUUGUUCCACUGGCUUGUCUCCUUACUCCUUUGAAAGAACGACCAGACCUGCCUCCUGUACAGUAUGAACCUGUGCUUUGCAGCAGGCCAACUUGCAAAGCUGUUCUCAAUCCACUUUGUCAGGUUGAUUAUCGAGCAAAACUUUGGGCUUGUAAUUUCUGUUUCCAGAGAAAUCAGUUUCCUCCAGCUUAUGCAGGCAUAUCUGAGGUGAAUCAACCUGCUGAAUUGAUGCCCCAGUUUUCUACAAUUGAGUACGUGAUACAGCGAGGCGCACAGUCUCCUCUGAUCUUUCUCUAUGUGGUUGACACAUGCCUGGAGGAAGAUGACCUUCAAGCUCUCAAAGAAUCCCUGCAGAUGUCCCUGAGUCUCCUUCCUCCAGAUGCUCUGGUGGGUCUGAUCACUUUCGGAAGGAUGGUGCAGGUUCAUGAACUGAGCUGUGAAGGAAUCUCCAAAAGUUAUGUCUUCCGAGGGACCAAGGAUUUAACUGCAAAGCAAAUACAGGAUAUGCUGGGUUUGUCUAAGCCAGCCAUGCCCAUGCAGCAAGCAAGACCUGCUCAACCUCAGGAGCACCCUUUUGUUUCAAGCAGAUUUCUGCAGCCCAUUCAAAAGAUUGAUAUGAACCUCACUGAUCUUCUUGGGGAGCUGCAGAGAGACCCAUGGCCAGUAACUCAGGGGAAGAGACCUUUGAGAUCCACUGGUGUUGCUUUGUCCAUUGCUGUUGGUUUAUUGGAGGGUACUUUCCCAAACACAGGAGCCCGUAUCAUGCUAUUUACUGGAGGUCCCCCCACACAAGGGCCUGGCAUGGUGGUUGGAGAUGAAUUAAAGAUUCCUAUUCGUUCCUGGCAUGAUAUUGAGAAGGAUAAUGCACGGUUCAUGAAAAAGGCAACCAAGCACUAUGAGAUGCUUGCUAAUCGAACCGCUGCAAAUGGUCACUGCAUUGAUAUUUAUGCUUGUGCCCUUGACCAAACUGGACUAUUGGAGAUGAAGUGUUGUACAAAUCUUACUGGAGGCCACAUGGUGAUGGGAGAUUCUUUCAACACUUCUCUCUUCAAGCAGACAUUCCAAAGAAUCUUUAGUAAAGAUUUUAAUGGAGAUUUCAGAAUGGCAUUUGGUGCUAGUUUAGAAGUAAAGACAUCUCGGGAACUGAAGAUUGCUGGUGCCAUUGGUCCAUGUGUAUCUCUGAAUGUGAAAGGACCGUGUGUGUCAGAAAAUGAGCUUGGUGUUGGUGGCACGAGUCAGUGGAAAAUCUGUGGUCUGGAUCCUACAUCUACGCUUGGCAUCUACUUUGAAGUUGUCAAUCAGCACAAUGCCCCGAUCCCCCAAGGAGGCAGAGGUGCCAUCCAGUUUGUCACGCAGUAUCAGCACUCCAGUACCCAGAAGCGCAUCCGUGUGACCACCAUUGCCCGAAAUUGGGCAGAUGCACAGAGUCAGCUCAGGCACAUAGAAGCUGCAUUUGACCAGGAGGCUGCAGCAGUUUUGAUGGCACGGCUUGGAGUGUUCCGGGCAGAAUCAGAGGAGGGGCCCGAUGUGCUCCGAUGGUUGGACCGACAACUCAUCCGACUGUGUCAGAAGUUUGGACAGUAUAACAAAGAAGACCCCACUUCUUUUAGGUUAUCAGAUUCCUUUUCUCUAUAUCCUCAGUUCAUGUUCCAUCUUAGAAGAUCUCCAUUUCUUCAAGUGUUUAACAACAGUCCUGAUGAGUCAUCCUACUAUAGACACCACUUUGCCAGGCAGGAUCUGACCCAGUCCCUCAUCAUGAUCCAGCCCAUUCUCUACUCCUACUCAUUCCACGGGCCACCAGAGCCAGUUCUCUUGGAUAGCAGCAGCAUUCUGGCGGACAGAAUUUUGCUGAUGGAUACUUUCUUCCAAAUUGUCAUUUAUCUUGGUGAGACCAUAGCCCAGUGGCAGAAAGCUGGCUACCAAGACAUGCCUGAGUACGAAAAUUUCAAGCACCUUUUGCAGGCACCAUUGGAUGAUGCUCAAGAAAUUCUGCAAGCCCGCUUCCCAAUGCCACGUUACAUCAACACGGAGCAUGGUGGUAGUCAAGCUCGAUUUCUUCUGUCCAAAGUGAACCCUUCUCAGACACACAAUAACCUAUAUGCUUGGGGACAGGAGACUGGAGCACCCAUCCUCACUGAUGAUGUCAGCCUGCAGGUGUUCAUGGAUCAUUUGAAGAAAUUGGCUGUCUCCAGUGCCUGUUAAGCUAAAGAUGUGACCAGAAAAUUGAAGAAAACACUGUCAAAUCAUGGUCACAAUUGUUUAUAAAUGCUUAAUAACAUUCCUUUCACUUUUCUAGCAGAUUUUAACAAAUAAUCAAAGGAAGUUUUGUAUGUAAGUCUUCAGAUAAUAAUUUAUUUGUAUUCUUUAUUUGUGUCCCUCUUCCUGUACCAUGAAAUUGUGAAGUCAUAAAUGUUUUGGUACUUGAAGAUGUUUCUGUGCUUUUUGUAUCCUAAAUUUUGGGGGGUCUGUAUAAAAUCAGAGGUGAUGUAUUUUGGCAGCUUGUUCAAAUGAAAUCUUAAAUGAUCAUAGAAGAAAUAAAUCUGGAGCCAUUAGCUAAAAUAAUGCUAAUUUUAACAAAUUUGAUUUCCUGAGGUCUCUGUGUGUGUGUGUGUGUGUGUGUGUGUUAACUCCCUUAAGACGUGUUUUCUGAACUUAAUUCUUACUUACUGCCCAGAUGUUGAGAUCUAUGGAAAGUAUGAAAUGUGUGAAUUCUGUUGAGGCAGUGUGGAGGGGUGCUACCCUGAUUCACAAGUAACUUCCAUGUCAGGAGUCCAGCCCAGGUAGACAUCAGGAAUGACUAAUGGGAAGCAGAGUAUGAUGGUGAACAUCUAUAAGCUCAGUGAUGUAGGAGACUAAGACAGGAAAAUCACAAGUUCCAGGCCAGCCUGGAUAAUUUAGGUGACCCCAUAUCAAAAUAAAUUUUUUUUUUAAAUGUAGCUCAGUGGCAGAGUGCUUGCCAAGCAUGCACAAGGUCCUGGGUUUAGUUCCCAGUAAUGAGGGGGGAAAAAAGAAAGCAUAAGUGGCUAUAACAGUGAAUACACAAUCUUAGGUAUCAAGUAAAAUAACUUGAACAGGUACUGUUUUUUUAAUCAAAGUAAUACAUAUGUAUGGUCAAAACACUUUAUCCUAAAGAACUUAUAACAAGUAACAAUUUCCUUCACUCCCUAAACCUAAACCUACUCUUCUGACAAUUUCAGACCUUCUCUUUGCUUAUAUUUUUUUUGUUGGUAUAUUUAUGUUUAGCAGGUUAUCUUUCCUAUUUUCAUAGAAUGAGAGUAUUAAGACCUUUGUCUCUACCCUCCAGUUUUGGUUAGCUAUACCUUUAUUUUUAUAUUAUCAAGAUUGAUAAAAUCUGUAUUUUGGCCUAUAACCAUAAUUUUGGUUUUGUCUCUAAGUUGAUUGUGAAAGCUAAUAAAGAACAUUUACACAGUG